UCAAAUUCUGUGUGAAAUUGAAUCGAGGCAGGCGAAUUUAUUUCAUUUUUCUCAAGAAAAUAAGAACAAUUAUCUAAGUAAUCAUGGCUUCAGUUAAAGACGUUGCUUCUCUGUAUCAAAGUUUAAAAACUGAAUGGGGAAAGAAACCCCGUAAACUCGAUAAAUGCGGCGAACUUUUGAACAAAAUAAAGGUGGCGUUGACGCAAUUAACCUUCUUGCCGAGUAAUAAUACUGCAGCUAAUCAAAAGGAGUUGAUUUUAGCUCGGGAUGUCCUAGAAAUUGGAGCUCAAUGGGCUGUUGCAGUAAAAGAUGUUAAAGCGUUCGAACGCUUCAUGUCUCAACUAAAAUGCUACUAUUUCGAUUACAAAGAUCACCUACCGGAGUCAGCAUUCAUGUACCAACUCCUUGGUCUCAAUCUCUUGUUCUUGCUGUCUCAAAACCGAGUGGCCGAGUUCCACACGGAGUUGGAGCGUCUUCCAGUAGAUGUUAUUAGAGCAGACCCAUACGUGAAGCAUCCUUUAGCUUUGGAACAAUAUCUAAUGGAAGGCAGCUAUAAUAAGAUAUUUUUGGCCAAGGGUAAUGUGCCAGCAGAAAGCUACACCCUUUUCAUGGACACCCUCUUAGACACAGUGAGGGGAGAGAUAGCCGCUUGCAUUGAGAAGGCCUAUCUUUGUAUCUCCUGCGCUGAAGCAGCUCGGAGAUUGAACCUGCCGUCGCAGCAGGCGGUCCAUGAGUAUGGGCAGAAGCGUAACUGGGUACUUGGUGCUGACAACUGCUACCACUUCAAUGCUGCUGAAGAGACAUGUGCUGCAGCCGCCGGUAUUCUGCCAUCGUCUGAGCUCGCUGAGCAAACAAUAGAGUAUGCUAGACACCUCGAAAUGAUUGUGUAAUAGAUCUAUGUUCAAAUUUUUAUUAUUAAAUAUCGCUUAAAUAAA